GCGCUGGUCCGGCAGCUGGCGGGGCGCGCGCCUCCCGCGGAGGGCGGGCGGGCGGCCUCCUUGGUGGCGUACGCUCUGCCCGGCGCGGGAGGACCGGAGCGGCCGGAACUCUAUGGCGCAGGUGUGGUUGCUGACGGGACCGGCCUGAUCGAUUCGCAGCGGCCCGGCGCGCCAGAGCUGGCUUUGCCGUUCCCACCAUGGCCCAGGCGGUUUGGGGGACGCUCCUGAGGCUUGCCUUGUGUGCCGGCGCUGUCUGCACCACAAGCAGCACUGCUUUUCUCUACCACGACUACUGCGUCAUCGGGGCUGGCCCGUCAGGCUUGCAGAUAGCCUAUUUCCUCCAGCAAGCCGGCAGGGACUACAUAGUCUUCGAGCGCAGCCACGCUCCCGGCAGCUUCUUCGCCCUCUAUCCUCGCCAUCGCAAGCUCAUCAGCAUCAAUAAGCAAUAUACGGGCAAAUCCAACAGUGAGUUCAACCUUCGCCAUGACUGGAACUCGCUCCUCAGCCAUGACCACCGGCUGCUCUUCCGACACUACUCCCACGACUUCUUCCCCGAUGCUGACACGAUGGUGCGCUACCUGGAGGACUUUGCUUCCCUGCUGAAGCUGCAGGUCCAGUACAACACAGCCAUCGUCCAUGUCACGCUAGACAGAGAUCAGCAGGCCUGGAACGGCCACCACUUCAUCCUGACGGACCAGAGCAGACAGAACUACAAAUGCAGCUCUUUGUUGGUAGCCACUGGCACGUGGGUCCCCAACGUGGUAAACUUUCCUGGCUCAGAAUAUGUUGAGGGUUAUGAGACUGUGUCCAUCAAUCCAGAGGAUUUUGCUGGCCAAACUGUGUUGAUCCUGGGCCGAGGGAAUUCUGCCUUUGAGACAGCAGAGAACAUUCUGGGCGUCACUAAUUUUAUCCACAUGGUGAGCCGAUCCCGUGUUCGCCUCUCUUGGGCCACCCACUACGUUGGAGACUUGAGAGCAAUUAACAAUGGCCUGUUGGAUACAUACCAGUUGAAAUCUCUUGAUGGGCUUCUGGAGGGCGACCUAGAAGAUCUGGCUAUUGUCAAGGACAAGAAAGGGAAGUUGCACAUCACGCUCCGGUUCUACCUGGAAAACAGGAACACCAGUGCAGGCAUCAACUCCAUCACCCUCCCACAGGAUGAACUGGAUAAUUUUGCUACUCGUGCACCUUAUGACCGUGUCAUUCGCUGCCUGGGCUGGAAAUUUGACUUUUCUAUAUAUAACAGAUCCCUUAGACUGAUGCCAGGAAAAGGGAAUAAAAAGAAGUAUCCUCAGAUCAAACCCAGUUAUGAGUCCCGAGGCACUCGAGGACUCUUUGUUCUUGGGACUGCUAGCCACUCUGUUGAUUUCAGAAAAUCUGCUGGGGGCUUCAUCCAUGGAUUCCGGUAUACAACUCGUGCAGUCCACCGCCUAUUGGAAAACCGCCACCAUGGUGUCCCCUGGCCAUCCACAGUUUACCCUGUUAUACAGUUGACCAAUUCCAUCAUCAAGCGAGUGAAUGAGGCCUCAGGCCUCUACCAGAUGUUCAGUGUCCUGGCUGACAUCAUACUGCUGAGAGAGAAUGCGACAACAUUUGAAUAUCUCGAAGAAUACCCAGUUGGAGUCCUGGCUGAACUGGAAACACUGACAGGGAGAAAAGCUCCCAAUGGGCUGUUUGUCAUCAUCAUGGAGUACGGGAGAAAUUUCUCUGGGGCUGAUAAAGAUGUCUUCUACUACAACCGAGCAGUGGGGGAGGCACAGCAUGCCUGGCAGUCCAACUUUCUGCACCCUGUUAUUUACUAUUACAAACGCCUCCCAACAGAGCGGGAGAUGAGACUUCGCCCCCCCGACUGGUCUCUCCCCCGCCCAGACGCCAUCCAUCACAUUGUGGAGGAUUUUCUGACAGACUGGACAGCCCCAAACGCUCACAUCCUGCCACUGAGACGUUUUCUGGAGAACUGCGUCGGCACUGACCUUCGCAAUUUCUUUGCAGAAUCCUGUUUCCUGUUUGCCUUCACCCGUCAGAAGCUGCCUCCCUUCUGUCAACAGGGAUAUGUAAGAAUGCAAGGGCUUGUGGGGAUCAAGAGACUCCAGCGCCAUGCAGUAGAUGCUGGCCUGCUGGAGGAUUACACUGCUGCGGACUUCACAGGUGACAGACUCCUUGGCAGCCCUGAGGGGUCACAGGACCAGUUGCUAAGAGAUCGUGCAAUGCCAGUUAGUCCACUGCAGCAUCUUGUUACUGCCAAGGAUGAACUUUAACCUUUCUCACUCCACACUGAAAUCCAUAGGUGCUGUUGUGACAAUAUUGUAACAGAGAUCCACAGCAGGACUCUUCCCUUUUCCAUGUACCUUUUUCAUGCCCAUCCUUUCCACUGAUCAUGAAUUGCCAAAGACCUGCUCAGAUCUUGCUGUUACAAAGAGGACCAAGGUGCCCUGGAGGGUAAGUCAGGAGCUGAAAUCCAGUGAUGCUGAGGCUUCUGCUUUGUACUUGCAGAAUUCAAAGUUGCCUGAAGACAGUGUUUAUUUUUAUCUCACAGACCAAUAUCUGCAGCGAUGGCCAAGUGUCCAAGAAGAGAGUGCAAGAAUGCCCAGAAAACUUAAAAUGUCAUGUUCCUCUUCUGAGGUGACAUGCUUACAUUCUGUUGUAGGCCAGUGCAGACUCUCUGAUUACGGGAUACUGUAUGCCAUGCAUACUGGAAGAUUUGCUUGUGUGCUGAAUCCAGAAGCGGUACUCUAGGCAAACUUCACAAGCAAGAUUUUUCCAGCAUUUGAAUGAGGGCAGUUCUGCAGCCUGAGUGGAGAGGGAUGGUAUUUUUUAGUUAGAGCGUAGGUAGGAUAAUAUGUCAUUUCCCAGAGGAGAUUGCAAGGUACCUUUCCCUCCAUAGAGGAUGAGUAGCUUGCCUAGAAUGCCUAGGCCAUAGUGAGAGUUGUACUGAGAUUGGCCCUGCUGUCCAAACAUUUCUCUUUUCCCACACCAAACAACCUGAAACAAUAGCCCCUGCAUUUUAUAAGGCAUGAUCAAUAUUUCUCCUAUUUGCACUAUGUCCCAUCAAGAAAGUUUCAAGUGGAUUUUGAUGUUGUUAAGAAGCUCGUUCUCUAUUACUUUUUUCUUCCCCUCCAGUCACCUUGAGAUCUUACAAGUGUUGACUGGUAGGUUGUCUGCACUUUAUUCUCCCUCUUUGUCAGCCGUGUAUACCUGUCUGUCACUCCCUGCUGAUUCUUCCCAAGGCCUUGCAGUUGUAAACCAAGAGCAGUUUUGAGCUCAACCUUACAAUGUCCCUGUGAUUUCUAGGAAUAGAGGAGGGGCCAAAAGGAAUAAGCUCUUACCCCUACACACAUGCUCCAACCCCUGAGUGCACAAAAGAAUAUCCCUUUGCACUUGUUUUUCCCCUAGACUGGGCAGGGGCUGUACCUUAAUGUACCUAAAACUCAUGAUUCUUCAAA